AUGAAGAACUGCAUCCGGAGGUCCCGCCCAGUCCGCGUGAAUCAGGGAAACAUGGCAGCUACCAUCAACGGCAACUUGGACAUCUCAGCGUCUUUCGCUGGCAUUUUGAAUGAAAACCACUGCCCUGAACACGUGCAGGUUUUAAAAACAUUUACGACUACGUUACGGGACAAGGAAUACAGAGAUGCUGUGGAGGCGGAGGCGUUCUCCAGUCUUUUCAAGGUGUUGUCCCGACUGUGUGAUGAGCUGCAGGCUGUCAGCAGUGAGGAUCAGGACUUGCGGUCUGUCCCCCUACAGCUGCAGUUGACCGCUGAGUGCUUCCGGGCUCAGAGGAACGCCUGCAUCCAGAGCUCUCGCAACCAGAGUCUGCUCAGGGAACUUGGCUUCAUUCAGGUGUCUCUUAAACUCCUGAGCCUCCUUCAGACCACAAAUUUGGAGAGCAGAGAUGACAUAUGUGAACCACUUUGUUGUGGGAUCCAGUUCCUUGGUAACUUAGCGGUUGGAAACCAAAUGUGCAAAGAUGACAUUUGGCAACUAAGCUUCCCGAAUCUUCUCUUGGAACUGCUCAGUGUUGAUGAUGAGAAGGCAGUAAACUAUGCCUCGAUGGUAUUCCACACAUGUCUGGAUGAAACCAAGGUGGAAGAACUGUCUGAGCCGCAGAACAUCCAUGUUGCUCUCAGGGUGAUGGAGCUCUGUAGGACCCAACCUGACCUGGACUGGACGGUUCUCACUGCCACCCAGCAUUUCCUCAAAUCCUCAGCUCUGGUGGAGAGCAUGUACUCUGGGAUGUCUCACCAUGAGAGAGUCACUCUAUUAGAGCUGCUCUUUGCCCAGCUAAGAGAGGAGGACUCAGAGGAGUGUGGUGUCCCUGCCAGUGUGGCUCGCUUCCUGGCUAGUUCCUUCCAAAAAGGUUGUGGAGCUGUGUUGACACUCGCCACCGGCUCCGCUUCCAGUGAUGAGGUCCUGCAGGAGGCACUGACAGUGAUAAGUCUGCUGGAUGUGCUAUGUGAGAUGACCUCAGACCUCAGGCAGUUCAUGUUCCUGCAGGACCAUCCUGACCUUCUAACGACCACUGUUGAGCUCCUGGAGCAGGUGCAUGCUAUAGGGAAGGCCAGCAAGAAUAUUUUCAGUGCUGCACAAAACUUCUCCUUCAGUGGAGAUGGAGGCUCUUCCUCCAAUUCUCCUGUCAUCAGCUUCAAGGCUCACCUCAUCAGGCUGAUAGGAAACCUCUGUCACAACAAUACCAACAACCAGAACAAGGUGAGAGAACUGGAAGGCAUCCCCCUCAUCUUGGACAACUGCAACAUAGACAGCAACAACCCGUUUAUCAGCCAGUGGGCCAUCUUUGCCAUCAGGAACCUCCUCGAACACAACCAGCAGAACCAGGAGCUGGUCGCCACCCUGGAACGACGUGGCGCCGCUGACUACUCUGCGCUCAGGGAGCUGGGUUUCCUGGUGGAGGAGCGAGAUGGAAGCUUGCUGCUCAAACCAAUGAGGAAAGACUCUUGAAAAGCUUGGAAGAGCAGCCAGGAGAGGAGGCCCUCAACCCCCGCAAGCAGGUUUUCAUGUGAAGUAUUUAUUUAGAACCAAUAGGGUACAUGUGCAUAUGAAAGCCCUUGUGUGUGAACACGUACUCUUGUUGUAAUACAAGCCCCAUUAGUGUUACCUAAUACUUAAGCUUCAUCUGCAGGUGAAUGACAUGUCCACUAACAAUACAUAAGUUCUGUACCUGUCCACAAUAAUUGGCAGCCACACUGGUGAUAGAUUAAGCAGCUUUAGAGUGAGAUAUUUCUAUCAGAGAAGUAUGUCUAAUUACUUUUCUACCUCAAUAAUGCUUGCACUCAUUCCCUGAUGGGGCUUAAGGUAUUCUUGAUACACAAAAGGCCCAUGGGGUCCCCCUGGUAUAUAAGCAGGAGCUCUUGUUUUGUCUUGACCUGAGUCUGGGAAAUGAAGAGUUUGGGAGCGGCGAGCGCAUGCUGGUACCUUUUGGCUAGGCUGAUGCUUUGUGUUUUAAUCCAAAGACAAAGAGCACCACAGUGUCUGGGCUUUUCACUUUUCUCAGACACCAGUGUUACCAGCAGGGGUUGGGGUUUAAUCCCACGCCCAUGGUGACUUCUGCAGUAACCGCGAAACAGAGAAUGACCAAAACAUGAUGUAAUCAACCCCCUCACCGCCUUACCUACUUCAGUGGCAGUGUCCCCCCAUGAACACUUAAAAUAACUGCUUAUCUAAACAGUCAUAAUAUUACUAACAUAAUCUAAGGACAGCUAAGUGUAAAAUGCAAUACUAAAACAACAACUGAAGCUAUGCAUGUUUUGUAAUUUAAAGACAAUGCUCAGUAUGCAGUAGGAGAUAUACUCGCUUUUGCAAUGCUUCUUGUAUUAAGGAUCUAACAGUAACAGGUUUUGCACUCAACAUCGUCUAGUGAAUGUCAUCCUACUCUCUUAUCUUAUCCUUAAUCUUCUAAUUCUAUCCUGUUGCACAAUACUUUAGAUAGAUAAGGCAUCAGGGCUAAUGGCAUGCGUCAUAUAUCAUUAACCUUCUUUAAACUCACAACAUGGAGUUCAUGUUCUACACCAUAGACCGCCUCUCUUUGCGACAAACAAGCUAUAAUUGAGUUUUGUCAGACUGCAUAGACUUUCUUAGAGAUUUAGUAAAUUCUGUACUUUAUGUAGCGCUCUAGCUAUGUGUUUGCCAGUGUGUGAGAUAGUGAUAGAUUAGUAGAUGAUGAAUGAAAGCAUACUGACAGUGUACAUCUGAAGAGUGAGUGAGUGAGUGAGUGAGUGAAUCAGACCAGAAGCAUUAGUUUGCAGAAUGACAUCCCUCCCUGCUCCUCCUGUUGCUGGAUAAGCUGAACAGUCCUGACACCUCAACAAUGCAGUGCUUUACGGGCCUGCCCACACCCUGCUCCACCCUGUUUGCUCUGCCUCUGAUUUUUAAUGACAAAAUGUAUUGAAACAAUCGGCUGGACUCUCCCCUCAAUCCGCCGGCAUAGUGAAGGGAGCUUAUGCGGUUCCGGUCCCGAGGAUUUCAGACAGCUAACAAAACAGCUGUUACUUGCGCUCGACUGGCUGGCUGCAAUGCUUUUCAGCCCCACAGGAAAGAGGCUGUGCGAGUCAGCCGCGCUGAAUUAGGUGGCAUGGCCGCGGCCGACUGUUCACCUCCUAACACAUUAGCACCACAUCAGCCAAGGCCAGAAGUUCUUGUGUUUCCCAUAUCAGCGUUUUAUACCACAGGCCUCUGCGAUAUUGUAUCUGUGCCUUCUGGUUUGACUGGCCUUCAGCAAAAACAAAACAAAACAAAAAAACACUUUGUCAGGGUGUAAAAUAUAUGCUUCAUGUUUGGGUCAAAUAAUAUGUUUAUA